CCCGCUUCAGCUUCUUGCCGGCGGCCGUCGGCCCCCCGGGGCACAGCGAAGGCCGCCCCGUUCCCCGGGGAGCCGCCGGCCGCGCUGCUGCCGCCCGAGCACCAGGCGCUGUGCCGGCCCCCCCGCGGGGCGGCGGGCGCGUCGCCGUCGGGCCCCGGCAGGGCGGCGGCGGCCGACAAGAAGCUGAAGCGGGUCUACAUCUUCGGCGGGGGGCAGACGGCCAGCGCCGCCGCCGCCUCCUCCUCCUCCUCGGGCUCCCCUGGCGGCGCCGUGCCCGGCAGCCCCACGCUGGGCGGCUCGGCGGAGCCCGGCGACCCGCUGAGCCUCUACGAGGAGGGGGGCGGCGGGGCCGGACGGCCCGACGGCGACUGCGGCGCCCCCUGCCCCUCGCCUCCGGGGUCGGGGUCGGGCUCGCCCGCCGACCACCGCAGCUACACCAGCCUGCGGGCCUCGUCGCCGGCCCCCUCGACGGCGCGGUCCUCCUCCGCGUCCUCCCACUCGUCCUCCUCCUCCUCGUCCUCGUCCGCCUCCUCCUCCGGCUCCUCUUCGUCGGACGACGAGUUCGAGGACGACCUCUUGGACCUCAACCCGAGCCCCGGCUUCGAGAGCAUGUCCCUGGGCAGCUUCGGCUCCUCCGUGCUCGACCGGGACCUGGAUUUUAACUUCGAGCCCGGCUCGGGCUCGCACUUCGAGUUCCCGGACUACUGCACGCCGGAGGUAAGUGAGAUGAUCUCGGGGGACUGGCUGGAGUCCAGCAUCUCCAACCUGGUCUUCACCUACUGAGCUCCGCGGCCGGCCCGAGCUGGAGGAGGUGCAGACGCGGUGCCGGGAGGACUCGCCCGCCCCGUCGGGGCUCCCGGGGGGCUUUUUUGGCUGGGCAGGGGCCGAGGACGCUGCUGCUGCUGCUGCUGGGCACCCACCCCCUGCGAGGGACGAGCCCGGCCCUGCUUCUCCAGACUGACGGCGGCGAAACGCUACCUUUUUCCUUUCUUAUGUUUUGUCCCGAAAAGAAGGACGAGAGGGGGGGGACAGAGGGGGGACCGCAGACACCUCUGGGGCCUUUGUUAUCACCCGUUUGGUGCGAAAGAGGAGGGGAGUGAUGCCUUGUGCUGGAUGUCUCGACUAUUUCGCCCUUUCCUGCGAAGGAGCGAGAGGAACUGCUUGAAAAAAAGAAAAGAGGAAAAAAACACACACAAAAGUACACAGAAGUGCACCCGAGCCUUUGCAAGGUUCACGUUUUUUUUGGGGGGGAGAAAUCCCGUCCCGGUUUCUUCUGCGGCGAGAGGAGGCGCCGAUGAUGGGAGGAGGAGAGGGGGACGGAGCUGGACUGAGAGCCUGGCGAAGGAGGAGAGGAGCCAGACUUAAACGUGGGAGCCGGCUUGGGAAGAUAAUAAUAAACUGAAACGGAUUUGCACGUACGCGAUGAGGUGGCGGCAGCGCUUUUCUCAGUCACCUUACGCUAUAUGUAGAGAGGAAAAAAAAAGGCCGAAAACUUCAAGAACACUGAAAACUUCUUCCGAAAUGGAGACCGAGUUGGAACAGUUUCUGUAACAUUGUGGUACCGGGGACGUGGAGGGUGAUUGCUUUUUGCAAAAAAAAAAAAAAAAAAAAAAAAAGAAAA